AUGGCCUCGACUGCGACCAACGGCGACGCCGCCGCCGUGUUGGACGAACUCAAGCCUCCUACCGGUGUUGUUCUGCCGCCUCGCGAGAUUCGUAAUGUUCUCGAAAAGACGGCAGGUUACGUUGCGCGAAACGGUCUCAUCUUUGAGGAUAGAAUUCGCGAAAAGGAGCGCUCCAACCCCAAAUUCAGUUUCCUUAACAAUACCGACGCAUACCAUGCAUUCUAUCAGUGGCGCCUUGAUGAGAUCAAGGCCGGCCGCGGCACCGCCAUCGCAGCAGGACGCGCCAACGAAGCAGCAGCACCCGUCGAGCAGAAGCCCCAAGGCCCGCCCAAGCCUCCUGAUUUCCAGUUCUCGGCCCGCAUGCCGCGCAUCAAUCAGAAGGAUCUCGAGGUCAUCCGAUUGACCGCCCUAUUUGUCGCGAAGAAUGGUCGCCAGUUUAUGACCCAGCUUGCCCAACGCGAGGCCGGAAACCCCCAGUUCCAAUUCCUCAUUCCGAACCACACGUUCCACAACUUUUUCCAACAUCAGGUCGACCAGUACACAGCGUUAUUGAGAGCCAGCGGCUUGGGUGGCGAAGGCGGCAAGAUUGAGCAAGAGAGGAUCAACCAUAUCAAGCAAAACAUCGACGACAAGUACCAUGUUCUGAGCCGCGCGAAGCAACGUGCCGAGUACUCAAAGUUCCAGGAAGUUGAGAAGGUAAAGAAAGAGGAGGAAGAUGAGAAGAAGAAGCUUGAGUUUGCCCGGAUCGACUGGAACGACUUUGUGGUUGUCGAGACUAUUGUCUUCACAGAUGCCGACGAGUCCGCGAACCUGCCGCCUCCGACGAAUCUUUCCGAACUGCAAUACGCUUCCCUUGAGGAGAGGAACAAGGCAUCAUUAACCAAUCUUCGCAUUGAGGAGGCCAUGCCCGAUGAGGAAACCUCGUACAACGCCUACCCCCAGACCUCUCAGACGUUACCAGUUCACACUGGCUAUGCGCCUCAGCAGCAGCAGCAGCAGCAGCAAUUCCAGGCGCAAGCACCAGUAGGCUUCCAAGGAUAUCCAGACGACACACCGCGACGAUCAGCAGAAGAGGAGGAGGAAGAGCGGAGGAUCCAGGAGAGGACAGAGGCACGUGCCCGAGAACAACAGGCACGCGCAGAAGCUCGUGGCGGAACUGCUCCGAUGAAGAUUAAAGAGAACUACGUGCCCCGCGCACUCCAACGAGCGGCCAACAAACAGAGUGUCCAGAUGGCGCUAUGCCCGAACUGCAAGCAGCAAAUUCCCAUGGAUGAGCUGCAGGAUCAUAUGAGGAUUGAACUGCUGGACCCUCAAUGGAAGGACCAAAAGGCAAAGGCAGAAGCUAGAUACUCCACGACCAACUUGUCCACGGCGGAUGUCGCAAACAACUUGAAGCGACUUGCCAGUCAGAGAAGCGACGUCUUUGACGGCGUCACCGGCCAACCCCUGUCGGAAGAAGAGGCUGCUCGGCGCAAAAAGGCCACGAUUCAUAGUUUCGAUGGUAAUCCUGAUGGCAAGAGCCAGGCUCACAUCAACCACCUGCACAACCUGAAUGUCGAGGAGCAGAUCCGUGCUAUUCACCAGAGAUUUGCGGACAAGAAGUGA